AUGCCUGAAUACCUGUGGAAUGGAGUGCCUCAGAAUGAAGAAGAUCUUUCGUACAUGCUUGAUGAUGAAACAACACCAGUUAAGGCUUGUGGGGAUUUGGCCUAUCAUGUUAACCAUAGAGAUAAUAGGACCAAGGAACCAGAAGAACCAAGGGAGUCUUUUUCACAAGUAAAGAGGCGACGGAUGCUACAAUUUGACACUCAAGCUAUUGAUCCUUCCCUCUCAUGUGACGAGUUGUCAUCUUCAUUCCUGAAAUCAAAUGAGAGGGCUGAUUCAAUUGAAGAGGCUUUAUCUGAAGCAUCACAAUGGGUAUCGGGGUUUUCAGAAAAUGCGUCUGCAUCUGGCUAUGAGUGCCUUGAGCAGUCACCUGAUGAGUGGAUUGCCGAAUGCUUCAAUGAUACUGAGAUGCAUUUCAGCCCUGAUGAUUUGAAUUUCUCUGGGGCUUCUGAUGUUCAAAUUGACAUUGCAAAGUUAUGUGACGUCCGACCUGAGCAUGAAGCAAAUGUGAUUCAACAGCGAGUCACCCGAACACCUCGAAAUGUUGUUUUUAAAGGUAGGAAGUCUUACAUUCGGACUCCCACUAAGUUAGCUACUUCUGUGGCAUAUCCAUUUGCCUUCAUUAAACCCUCUGGGGCUCAUGGAGAUGUAACUCUGAAGGACAUAAACCAGCGGAUCCGCACUCCACCUCCUUCAAAAUCAAAGCAAAAAUAUGAAGACCCUGCUGCUUACCCCACUUCGGCCUUUUCGGGGAAGCCUGUCGUUGGAAAAACUAAAAUUCGCACUGAAGGUGGGAAAGGCAGCAUUACAAUAAUGAGAACCAAAGGCUAA